GUGGGGCGUCGGGUAAGUUUUGAAAGUUUUGUUCUCGUCUCAAUGUUGUACCACGGGGCACGCAGAGUCGUGGUCCUCGCUUACGCGUGUUGCGCGUGUUCUGUCGCGUUUUGCACCCCCCAAGUGCCAUCAUUCCGAGUGACAGCUUUCGUGUAGUGACAUUUAUGUUAGGAAAUUCGCGUCGCGUUACCUCCAGUGAAUUCUAACCUUAAAAUAAGUGUAUUUGUGUUCGUGGAUUAACGUUUUUGAGUGAACUUUGUCAGUAAACUUUUUCCAGAGGGGUUGCUUCUAACCUCUUUGCGGCACAGUGACGCUAACCCCCCAGUUUCAUUGUCCUGGAAUGAUGACCUAGUGAGUGAAAACUUUCGCAGGAAAUUCCUGCUUAUUAAGAGCCAACAGCAUGUGAAAUGUAAACAAACAAGAAGUCCUCUAGCAUGUUUAUUCGGAGAAUGUAGUUUCUUCGGAACUUUUAUUUAGUUUAUUCUUCGUCGAUUUUCGCCAUUUUUCAUCGGCUUUUCCCGGAAUUUUCACCGCACUCUGCCAAAAUGGACGAAACUACGAAAAUCGUCGAAACCCCUCACGGGAAGAUGAGCAAUCGAAGUUCUCGAAGCUCUUUUGCAGACUACGACAGUGGUUAUUUAACCCUAACCCCGCACUCGAUGUGCCAUUCUCCGAUUGCAGUGGGUCGACCCAGGAUUUCGAGCACCUCCACAAAACGCCAUCUCCGUCUGCGAGUCGAGCCCUGGCAGUCUGACAGAAUCACGAGGUACCGGUCAAAAUUCAAUCAACUCCUGGACAAUUCCUACUGCGAUUUAGCUGAGGCUGCGGAACCCUCGUCUUCUGGGAAUGCAAGAUGCAGCGGUACCGAAGAUCACGGCAUGCUCCCAGAGUACCAGGAAUUCGGGAUGGAACUACGGACUCGAAAUCUCCGAAAUUGGAGGGCGGCCGUUCCGGUCACCCCGGCAUCGAAGAUGGAAAUUUUGUCGUCCUCGCCUCCUUCACCUGCGAUUCCUUCAUCGUCUUUCCAGGCCUCAGAACCCACAGAAGAUGUCGAGAUGAAUCCGAUGACAUUGAAUGAACAUAGAAUGCAUCAGAGUACACCUCACACAUCUCCGACGAGUUUUCAGAGAAUGCGGAAGUCUAGUCCGAUUUUCAUAUCUGCCGAAAAUCGGAGGCUGAGCAAACUUGCAAUCAGUGAAUUGGCAACUGUACCGGAAAUCAAGCCGAAGAGACUUGACUUCAGUCAGCAGGGUCUUACUGCUUCGCUGAGAAGGUCCAGAGCCAUCAGGGAUUUCACUGGCACCGAAAAUGUUGAUAUGCUUCUUUUGCUGGGAGAGAAAAGCAACCACUGGAGGAUAGUCUCCAAGAUUUUGGGACUUCUCAGUCCCCAGGAUCUUUGCUCGGUUAGCAUGGUUUCGAAGGCUUGGAAAAGGAUUUGUGCGAAUGAUUCAAAGUCGAAUGUGAGAAGACUGGCCUAUGUAAUACUCAGGCAGGAUUUGAAGGAGAAUUUAAAGUAUAGCAGGAAAGUCAAGCUGGAGGGUGAUAUUAUCACGAGUCCCAGGAGUAGAUACACGAGGAAGGGAUAUCUUCUGGAGGUCCAGAAUUUGCUCCAGGUUCCGCAGAAAACUAUUCCACCGAACAGCCCUCCAGUCUCGCCGAGCAAAGUCAAGUUUCACUCGUUUGUUAAGGCCAGUCGCACCCUCGCACCCUGGGAGCACUUGUUGCGUUGUCCAAAGUGCACUUUCCCGUGCCAUGUAGAUAUCGAAAAGAACGUCGGCAGAUGUUCGAGGCAAAGCUGCUCCAUCGAUUUUUGCGCAACGUGUUCAUCCAAUCCCCAUAGCGGACCAUGCAAAACGCCAUUACUCGCCACCCCGACGAAGAAGCGAAACAAGCCCCUCAUCGUCGGCUCCAGGCAGAGCAAGAGGAAUCUUCGCCGGCUAUAGCAAUGUCGGAAAUGCUUAGAUUUAGAUAGUUGAUUAAGUUCGAAAGCCGAAACUACAAGUUUAUCUUCAUCGCAUUGCGAAGUUUCUCCCCUUUUUUUUCGCAAAAGAGAUCCAUUUUUUCCAUUCUGAUCAUCGCCAUUUUCACUGUAUCACUUUUCUAUUUUACAUUAUUCCAGUUUCCAAUAGUUUUCAUAUUUUAGAACUGCUUAAUCGCUAGACAAAUAUUAUGAUCAGCAGUGAAAAUAUGGCAUCAGAAUUUAUUUUACAUCGCAAUUACUAUGUUGCUCCAAGAAGUUCUACAAAGAUUAAUUUUAAGCAUGUUGAAGUCACUAAACAAAAGUCUAGAUAACGUUAGUUGUAGAGAUAUUCAAAAUUAAAAUUUUAAAAAGUUCCUCUUCUGAAAGGAUUGUGAACUUCACAAUGCGAGGCGACUGGAAGAGUUUAUCGUGCAUUCUCGAAGGGCAAGAAAGGGGAAAAAAGAAAGAAAAUAGAAAGAAAAAAAAGAAGCCGCGCUGCCCAUAAAAGUUUCGCUGCGCUCGCCGUAAAAAUCUUACAAUUAGGGCUUGUGCUUCGUCUGCAAUUCUUCAUUGAAACUUUUUCUCGACUCUUGCCAUCCAGCAAAGCGACUUUUUAUCACAAGUCAGACUCUGCAGCAUUUUUCGGCAGUUGACACCAUUCUUCCAAAUUUUAUCCACCCGACAAACUACAGUUCAAACUGUGUCUUUUAAAAGAAAAUUCAUUUAAUUCAAUCUUCUAAAAUCUAAAUGCCAAAAAAGUUUUCUAUUUUAUUGCCCUUCGACUCUGCUUUCGCAGACAAUAUGUAGUCGAGUCGAUUGCCUAUUUAUUUGUAAAUUUCCGGGCAAGUAAAAAUCGAUUUAUUCUUAAUUGUUAAUAUAAUUGUCGCCAGUGGCAAAAAAGCCUCGAUUCAACGAAGCGUUUCUCUCAGCGUGUCUAGGAUUUUAUUUUUUCACGGGAAAGAAACGUUUUGUUUUCUCGUGUCCUAACUAGUCACGUCCGAGGACAGUUUUCUACGUCGUCAGUCGCUUGAAAGUAUUAUUUCGGAUAGACAUCGAUUUAAGGACGGAAGAUUGUUCAGGGAAACCUUUAAAGCUUUGCAAAGUGUGAUUCGAUAAACAAAAACAAAAAUUGUCUCCACCGAUUUUACGAGUCACAUCCUGGUAUACACGCAAGUAAACUUCGUGCCAUUUUUUGCCAUAAUGAUUGCCAUAAAACAUUUUCGGUACAAAUUUUGAAGGGAAGAGAUAAAUUUCCCACUCCUGCCACGAUUGAAACCAUAUUUUUUUCUGAUAUAAUUUUUUAUUUUUUAUUUUUUUUAUUACUUAAACAACGAUAAAUCAGCAAUGCCAUUCCUUAAGUGUCUUCGUCCUAAGAUUUUAAAUUAAGUUAAAAAAAUAAAUUACUUUUAUUAUUCAGUUGGGAAAAAAAAAGACUGCAUGUAAAUACACGAGCGCAUGUAGAGUAAUAUAUUUUCACAACAUGAAUUUCAGGUAGUGUGCUUUUUCUGGAGAUAUAAUUUUUCAAAAUUUUCUUUAACGCGAUUUACAAAAAUUAUGAAUCCAAGCAAAAAAACAUACUUCCUGGCACUCCCCUUGUCAGUACAAAUUUCCGGGUGUUUAAUGUCCGAGUCGAUUUUUGUGCUAAAAAAAAACGAAAGAAAAUGCUAAGCGUUGUUUUUAUUUUCCGUAAAUUUAUUAACCAAAUUUUUUAUUCGUUCAACGAUUCUUGUCUUUUUGUGUAAUACAAAAUUGUGCAAAUUAAUUAUCUUGUCUGUGUUUUGUGUGUGUGUGUGUACACAUUUUGCUCUCAUGUAUUUAUUUGUUUUCCAAGAGCCUCUUAAAGAAUGCUACAAAAUAGUUUAAAUGAAAGAGAUAUUUGCCAUUUUAAAAAUGUUAAUGCGAGUAAGAAGAAUAUUGAGGAGAUACUACUUUGAGAUUAGCAUUCCAGCUUUUAGUUUAGGAAUGAAUGGCUCAAAUAUAAAAGCUGCUCUUUAAACCGACGAACAAAUCCUGCCUGUGAAUACCUCGUUUGUUAUUAAAAAUCUCUACGAGGCUGCAAAUUUUACAGUACAACUAAGACACCAGUACAAUCAACAAAAUGUACUCUUAAUCCCAGUUCCAUAGUUUUAAUUAUACUUUGCCAUAAAUUUACAUAUCCUUAAGAGUGCAAGAAUGUCGUAUAGAUUUGCGAGAGUUGUCAUUUAGCGAUCCCGAUAGAGGAAAUUGUGUGCCUUAUUAAUCUAAGCGACCGAAAUUCAAACGAAAACAAACUGAUCUUGAUACCUCUAUUUUGCCAACUUUGCAGCUUUACAAGGUUGAUGAAUUGGUCAAAUUUAAGUGUGUCAAUUUAUAAACUGAAACACGUUUAUAGAAUGAUUUUGUUUUCGUUUGAUCUUAACUGGAAGAGCAUUUAACGAGAAAAUAAAGUAAAGGAAGCAGAGAUGCCGCGAAAUCUAGAAGCGAAUUUAUUCGAUUUUCUUCGAUUAUUUCGAACUGAUUUGCUCAAGCCGUUCUAAACGGUGAAUAAAAGGUGUGGCGAUUGCCAAAAAAAGAGAGAAGUUCUACUUAAAUCUUCAGUAUUCCGCGUUCGUUCGCAUUCCUUUUGUUAAGUUACAAGCUCUCUGUGUCUGGUCAAGUGAUUUACACUAGGGUUUCAAGUUCAGAUCCGGUUUCUUCCUUACGGGACGACGAAUGCAGCGAUUUUUCCCCCUUUAAUAAUCAAAGUAGACGCCGCUCCUCGUUUAGAAUGAAUACCCUCUCCGAAUCUGCGACUAAAUUGCAUUCCGCCCCGAAAAACAAGAAGAAAGCGAAAAAAAAAGAAGCCAGAACCGUUGUUUGGAUUUUAAAUUCGUAGAGUGUGAAAAACAGGGAAUAACGCUUUCUCCGGUGAUUGGAAUCUCGUUGACGACGCUUUCUAAUUUCGGGGGUUCAGAAUGGGUUUAUUUAUGUUAUAGUCGCAAACUCGAGGGGGUGUUUCUAACAGGAAAUUUGCAUGUAUUAGUUUAAUAAGUGUGAGGGGGAAACCAUGACGGAAAAAGUUUUUUUUUUUAUUGUAAGAAGAGAGAGAGAGAGGGAAGAAAUUGAUUGAAAUUUUAUAUUUAUUCGUAACGUUUGACUUCCGUUUUGAAGUUUGGAUUUUAAAGUUUGAUCGUAAAGUGCCUGUCUUGAAUGUAUUAUAAUGUCUAGUGAUAUAUUUUUUUGUUUUAUUAUUAUUAGGAAGCUUGAGAAUUCUUUCCUCUCUUCUUCAAAAUGUCAAGGUGUCUUCUAUCAGCUCUCUAUUUUUCGGGCACAUUUUCUGUCAUGAAAUUAAUACUCAGAAUUUAGUAGGAACACGAAUUGCAUUCUCUAGGCUUAAGUUAUUUAAUGAAAAAAAAGAGAAAUUUCUAAGUAUUGAAAAGGUGAUACCAAAUAAAAUGUGCAUCGUAUAUGCAAUAAGUUAAUAGAAAAUCGUCAUAUUUUUCUAGCUGACUUAUUAAUAUUAAUAUUAUUAUUAUUAUUGUAAUUACGCUUAGAGUAAGGAUGCAAAUUCUAAAGCGAUACACUAAAAAUGCUCAAUUUCAUAUAUACUGUUCAUGUAUUUUACGUCAUGAUAGAGAACAAUUAGUGUAUUUGAAUUUAUCUUCAGUUAGUAAAUUUUGAAACAUA